AUGAUGGAGACAGGUUCUACAAGAUUAGACCACUAUUACAAAAGGUUCGAGAGAAAUUCCCUAAAAAUAGAAAAAGAACUCACUUUCAGCAUAGACGAGAUGAUAGUGCCCUACAAAGGUACCAGAGCGGGAAGCAGAAAGCAAUAUGUACAAAAUAAACCUAAGAAAUGGGGCUUUAAAAUGUUUGUUCGCGCUGGCGUUUCGGGCAUUGUAUAUGAUUUUUUUGUAUAUGAAGGGGAAGAUACAUUCUGGUUCACUUCCUUUACCGAAGAAGAAAAAAGCAUGGGGUUAGGUGCAAAAGUCGCCAUACCUCUAGCCAAAUCCAUUUGCCAGCCUGAUUGUAAAAUCUUGUGCUUUGACAACUUCUUUACAUCAAUUGAAUUAACGCACCCACUGAGAAAUGAAUGCGUUAUUUUUUCUCUAGGAACUGCUAAAUUCAACCGACUUCGUGGAGCACAGGAGGAACCUCCUACUAAUAUACACUUAAAAAAGAAAGGGAGAGGUUCACAUGCUUAG